CGGGGGAGCGGGUGUUUGCCGGCCACUUGCCGCGCGCCUUUCCGACGUCACACCAAUUUUGAAUUUGGAACCGCCAUCUUAGACCUGGAUUUCGUAUUUUCUGUAGUGCAAUGACCGCCCAGUGAUCGGAUGCUCAUUUCGAACGCGCCUUGGAGAAAAUUCGCGCGUUUUGUUUUUGUUCGAUCCGGUUUUGUUUUUUGUUUUUUUGUAAUUUGUUUGAUGCAAAGUGGUGAUGGAUUCGUGCAGCCGCUGAUUGGAGAUUGGACUCAGAGUGACUGGCAGAUGUGAUACUUCUACCUGGUCAUCAUGCAGCCGUUCCAGUCCAGCGCCCGGCCGGAGGGGCCCCGGGAGUCCUCCCCGGAGCGGGCCAAGUCUCCAGACACGCCCACCGCUCCUACUGCAGCCCCCGUCCUCAACUUCUCGAUAGCCAGGCUCAUGGAGCCCGACAGGAAGAAGUCAGUCUCACCAGAACCGCCACCACCACCAGGGUUCCUAUCAUACGGAGCUCAGCUCCUAGACUCGGCUUUCAAACAGUACAUUCCUGCCGCCAGAAGACAACUGGUAUCGCAUUACCCUUUACUGUACUAUGGUCCCGAUUUAGUAUCGUUAACAUACGCUCAUCAGUUGCACUUGCCGAGGCCACCUCCACCGACGUCACCCGUCCAAAGACCAGCGAGCCCUAGGCCUCCUGCAGCGGAACACGCCGUCUCCUCAACUACUGGGCCCACAACCUCUCCAGCGAAGAACAAGAGCUUCGCCUGCGGAGAUUGCGGGAAGGUUUUCAACGCGCAUUACAAUCUGACCAGGCAUAUGCCGGUCCACACAGGAGCGAGGCCUUUCGUCUGCAAAAUCUGCGGCAAAGGGUUUCGCCAAGCCUCAACCUUGUGCAGACAUAAGAUCAUUCACACUUCAGAGAAGCCCCACAAAUGCCUGACGUGCGGGAAAGCCUUCAACAGGUCUUCGACGUUGAACACACACGCACGCAUCCACGCAGGCUACAAACCUUUCGUGUGCGAAUUCUGCGGCAAAGGCUUCCAUCAGAAGGGCAACUACAAGAACCACAGGCUGACGCAUAGUGGCGAGAAGGCUUACAAAUGCAGUAUCUGCAACAAGGCCUUCCACCAGAUCUACAACCUGACAUUCCACAUGCACACGCACAACGAGCGGAAACCUUUCACAUGCAGCAUAUGCGCCAAAGGUUUUUGCAGGAAUUUCGAUCUUAAGAAGCAUACUAGGAAGCUGCAUUUGGGGGUGGGAGGGUCGAAUAACGAAUCGUCUCUGGAUACCCAGGAUGAGUCGACGCAGGAAGCUGCCGCUAGCCCAGUGGAUGAGUCCAGCAGGGUCGCGUUCAGACCUUUCCUGGGAGCCUCAUAUCCAAGGAUAAUGGACCCAGCCAGGAUGACUGCGCCGAACACGUUUUUCUCAAAACUCUUGUGACCCAGAGGUUAUUUCAACGGGUUUGGGGAGUCAAGUGAGUGAAUUAAAGUAGGAAUUGAGACGUGACGGGGUGUAUUUUAAAAUUACUUGUGAAUAUGUAAUUGUAAGUAAUGGAGUGCUAUAUAAAUAAAAUAUAGGAGCAGCAUUGUGACGGACAUUAGGUGAAUAACCAGUCAUUGAUAUACAUUAUUAUGUCAUAGUAUUGUAGGACUCGUAGCUCAUACACAAGUCACUUAUGUAUGAGCUUUUGUAUAAUAGGAAAAUUGUAAUAUAAUAAAUAAAUAGGAUUUUUUUAUAUAACUUAUCAUAAUUUAGUUUUGAAUCUAGGAAUUCAUCUUUUCCAAAUGGUAAUUCUACUCAAAUUGGUAGGUAGUAACGGAAGGUAUAUUUCUUCUACAUACAAAAAAAAUCUCGUAGGCCAAUAUGUGUUACACCUGUUUAAUUACUGUUGGUGAAUAGGGAAGAGAGUCUAGGGUCAAGGGUUCCACGGGGUAAGGGAUUGUGUUCAACCCUCACAACGUAGAAAUGGCUGGAGCGACACCACUUAUAAGUCGCAUUCUGGAAUGACUAAGGUCAAUCUUGUACUUACCCUAAUAUUUUUUAAGGGUAAACCCUAAAAAUGAGGGUAAAUAAAAAAAUAUUGUGCAUGGACCACAAAUCUGAAGUGAAACUUCUUUUCUUAA